UGUUUUGCUCCUUGGCUUGUGUUGUAAGAAGCCCACAUGGGGAAAGUGAUGGACCCCUUGGUCCAUUCUCGUAUAAUAAUUAGGGUUGGAGAGAACUGGUACCAUCAACCUCUACAUGAAUUGGACAAGGUAACCAGAAUGGGGACCCAUCAAACCCUUGAUUUGGCUUUUUAGCUGCAAAUCCCAUUAACCCAUUUGAUAGAGGUAUUUAUGGAGGUGAGAGGAAAAGAAGGCCCAGUGCAACUACAACUGCUGCCUUGCUCAGGGGUUUCUUGGAGUAGCAUUAAAGGCUCUCUGGUCUUGAACUUCAUUGCACACCACCUAUAUGACAAAACUUUCCAAAGAACUACUUUGUUCAGAGAAACAAAAAGGAAGGACAUGAUUUAUAUGCUUUGAUGGUUUUUGUUUGAGAGAGACAAGAAAUGGGUUAUCAUAGUUCUGUGAUUUUCCACAUGAUGGAAAUCUUCAUCAUGUUUCUUCUCUUUUCAUUACUCAAUACCACCCACAUUUUCACUGUUGGUGCUUUAUCAGAUGCAGACGGCUUUAAUGUUCAUGGCCUACAGGAGCUGUAUCAUUCAGUGGAGGACAAUGUUGAGGGCACUCAGAGCUUGCAGAUUGAGAAGGUUUCUGGAGAAGAUGAGAAUGAAGAAAAUAAGAUUUCAGUGGUGGAAAAGUUCAGGGCUUUGCUUGGAUUGAGGAGCUUACACAAGAGGACACCAUCAAAUGGUGACAGUGAAAAUGUGUCUCCAUCUCCUUCUCCUUCACCCUUCAGUGAAGCUGAGGCUCCAAGUCCGGCUCCUGCUCCUGCUCCGGUGCUGCACAUCCGUCCACAUUCACAUCAUCCACACCGGUUGCGCUCAAUCUCACCUCCUCGAAAAAUUGUUAGAGAGGAUGAUAAAGGCAGAACCAGAAAGAUACUUAUAGCUGUUCUUGUUUCAGCUGGAGCUGCUACUUUGAUUAGUGUGCUUGGCCUCAUAUGGGGUUGCAAGAAGUACAAAGAGCACAAGAAGAAACCCACAAGAGUGAUCUCAGUUUAUGGUGAAAAGGGAGGAGGAACAAGCGGUGGAUCAAAGCAUGUUGGUUCUCAAAUACCAGCAAGCAAGGUGAGCUUAAACCCUGGCACUCAUGAUCUUAUUUAUGUUGAUUCGUUAGGCAUUGAUGAUGUAGAGCAACAACAACAACAGCCCUCUUGUCUUAAGCAAACUUGUGGAACUUUAAAUGCCGCACCAAAUCAUUACACACAAAGAUGCGCAUUGAAUGAGAUGGAAGAGGAAGAAUCUAAUCAAGAAAUGGUGAAACCAGAUUUUGACAAUGUUAGUAGUUCUUCCACAAGGGAAAUUACCUCUGUUCAUGAGGAUAAUGCAGACUCAGUCAAGUAUGAGUCUGACUGUGCUAAUUCCUCAACUAGGGUUAAAGUUGUUCCCAUUGAUGCUUAUUCUUCUGAUGAGGAAUCUUUCCAUUCUUUUGGAGAUUCCAAUUCAUCAAGCAUCCGCCUUUCGAAUGCUUCAGCGGGUAGUCUAGGCGACAACACAGCAGCAAAUAUGUCUACAAAUGUGUCAAACAGAGAGGUUUGUUUAUCACCCUCUUUUAUGAACUCACCAAACCUAUCAGCAACCCCAAACCAAACUUCUAUUCCGUCUCUGACUGCACCAUCUUCUUCCAAUAAUGCAAAGAAUUUCACAACUCCUCCAACACCACCCCCUCCUCCACCUCCACCCAUACACUUUCCUCCUUUCAGUCCUUCUCUUAGUUCAACAAGAAUUACAUCUAAAGCCUCAAGUUCUUCUACAUUGAAAAAUCUGUCACCUCCUAGAAAAUCAGAUUCUUCUUGUGCAUCAAACCAAAUCUCAGAAGGUGACCCUUCCUUUUCGCCUCUAAAGUCCUCAAUACCUUCUCCAACUUCGCCUUCUAUUCCUCCACCGCCUUGCCCACCUCCCUUUUUGAAAGCAACUAACAGCUCUGCCAAAGGUCCACCUCCUCCACCACUCCCUCCACUCACACCAUUGGGAAAAGAUGGAACACCGUUGCCAAAACUGAAGCCGCUACACUGGGACAAAGUUAGAGCUGCACCUGACCAUUCUAUGGUGUGGGACAAACUGAGAUCAAGCUCAUUUGAGUUUGAUGAGGAUAUGAUUGAAUCUCUUUUCGGAUACAAUCUACAAAACACAAUGAAGAAUGAUGAAGGAAAAAGCAAGACACCUUCUCCGAGCAAGCAUGUGCUUGAGCCAAAGAGACUACAGAACAUAACCAUACUUUCAAAAGCCCUGAAUGCUACUACAGAGCAAGUAUGUGAAGCACUAGUACAAGGAAGUGGAUUGUGUUUACAACAACUUGAAGCACUUGCGAAGAUGGAGCCAACCAGUGAAGAAGAGGCUAAGCUUUCCGGCUAUAAAGGAGAUAUUAAGGAACUGGGGUCAGUUGAGAAGUUUGUUAAGGCAGUGCUUAACGUUCCUUUCGCCUUUCAGCGAGUUGAAGCCAUGCUUUACAGAGAAACUUUUGAAGAUGAGGUGGUUCAUCUUAGGAACUCGUUUUCAGUCCUAGAGGAGGCCUGCAAGGAACUCAGAUCAAGCAGGCUGUUCUUGAAGUUACUUGAAGCCGUGUUGAAAACAGGCAACCGGAUGAAUGUGGGAACUAUCAGAGGAGGUGCUAGAGCAUUCAAGCUAGACGCGCUUCUCAAACUUGCUGAUGUGAAAGGAACUGAUGGAAAGACUACCUUGUUACACUUUGUGGUGCAAGAAAUAAUAAGGGCUGAAGGGAUCAGAGUUUCGGAUAGCAUAAUGGGUAGGAUCAGCCAGAAAAACAAAAUCAAGACAGUUGAAGAGAAGGAAGAAGAUUAUAGAAGAAUGGGGCUAGACCUCGUCUCCGGUCUCAGCACUGAACUCUACAAUGCAAAGAAGACGGCUACAUUGGAUUUGGAUGUUCUUGCAAGUGGUGUGUCAAACCUAUCUGAUGGAAUGACCAAACUGAAGCAUUUGAUAAAUGAAGAAUUGGCCAUGGAUGAGAAAAGUGGGAACUUGGUGAGUUCCAUGAAGUCUUUCAUAAGCUAUGCAGAGAAGAGUUUAAAAGAGUUGCAAGGUGAUGAGAAUAGAGUGCUGUCACAUGUGAAGGAGAUUACCGAGUACUUUCAUGGAAAUGUGAGCAAAGAAGAAGCAAACCCACUUAGAAUUUUUGUGAUUGUUAGAGACUUUUUGGGAAUGUUAGACCAUGUCUGUAAAGAGCUCAGAAGCUCAAAAGCCAGCCGCUCUCCAAAUCCUCUUGCUCCAUUCAGAUAGAUUGUAGAUAUAAGAGUGCUUUGUGUGUUCAUAAGAUGCAUUGUUCCUUUCAUUAAGCAGAAUAUGUGACCCUGAUUAUGAAUUUUGAAUUUUUGAUGUAGAAUUUGGGAACAUUCGAAUUAAUUACUUGACCCU